GCCGCGGCGCUCGGGGAGGCGCGCACGGCCCCAGGCGGCUGCGCCCAGCGGAGGCAGCGCCCGCCCGCCCGCCGCGCUCGGGCCCCGGCCCCCGCCGGCGCUCCCGAGGCCCCGCGGUCACAGCUCGGCUCCGAGGUUGCAGCCCCCGUCCCAGGUCACUCCCACAGGCGCACACGGCGGCGGCGGCGGCCCGGGCUCACCAUGGUGGCAGCGCGCGCCCAGUGCCCGCGCGUCGCCGGCCGCCGGAGCCGCAGCGCCGGCUGAGCGCUGUCCACCGAAGCCCCCCGCUCCUGCCCGUCCCUCGCCCGGCCCGCGCGUCCCCUCCGGCCGCCGCGGUCUAUGGCGCAGCCCCCCUCCCUGGAUCAUGCACAGAAACUUUCGCAAGUGGAUUUUCUACGUGUUUCUCUGCUUUGGCGUUCUCUACGUGAAGCUCGGAGCGCUGUCGUCCGUCGUGGCCCUGGGAGCCAACAUCAUCUGCAACAAGAUUCCUGGCCUGGCCCCGCGGCAGCGCGCCAUCUGUCAGAGCCGGCCCGAUGCCAUCAUCGUGAUCGGGGAGGGGGCGCAGAUGGGCAUCAACGAGUGCCAGUACCAGUUCCGCUUUGGGCGCUGGAACUGCUCCGCCCUCGGCGAGAAGACCGUCUUCGGCCAAGAGCUCCGAGUAGGGAGCCGUGAGGCCGCCUUCACCUACGCUAUCACCGCGGCCGGCGUGGCCCACGCCGUCACCGCCGCCUGCAGCCAGGGCAACCUCAGCAACUGCGGCUGCGACCGCGAGAAGCAGGGCUACUACAACCAGGCCGAGGGCUGGAAGUGGGGCGGCUGCUCCGCCGACGUGCGCUAUGGCAUCGACUUCUCCCGGCGCUUCGUGGACGCCCGCGAGAUCAAGAAAAACGCCCGGCGCCUCAUGAACCUGCACAACAACGAGGCGGGCAGGAAGGUCCUGGAGGAGCGCAUGAAGCUGGAGUGCAAGUGCCACGGCGUGUCAGGCUCCUGCACCACCAAGACGUGCUGGACCACGCUGCCCAAGUUCCGCGAGGUGGGCCACCUGCUGAAGGAGAAGUACAACGUGGCCGUGCAGGUCGAGGUGGUGCGCGCCAGCCGCCUGCGCCAGCCCACCUUCCUGCGCAUCAAGCAGCUGCGCAGCUACCAGAAGCCCAUGGAGACGGACCUGGUGUAUAUCGAGAAGUCCCCCAACUACUGCGAGGAGGACGCGGCCACGGGCAGCGUGGGCACGCAGGGCCGCCUGUGCAACCGCACGUCGCCCGGCGCGGACGGCUGCGACACCAUGUGCUGCGGCCGCGGCUACAACACCCACCAGUACACCAAGGUCUGGCAAUGCAACUGCAAGUUCCACUGGUGCUGCUUCGUCAAGUGCAACACGUGCAGCGAGCGCACCGAGGUCUUCACCUGCAAGUGAGCGGCCCCGCCCACCCCGCCCGCGGCCCCGCCCGCUCCGCCCGCGGCCCCGCCCAGUCUGCCCGCGGCCCCGCCCCGCGCCCUUGGCGGCUCUGCUCCCGCCUGCCUGACCGAGCGGGCAGAGGUGUGUGCAUGAGGUGGGCGCUCCAGGCGCGAGAGAGCUCCCACGGGGCGGUCACCUUUUCCUGGCCCACCAGUGGCUCUCUCCUGCCACGCCAGUCCCCUCUUGUGGCAAAACAGUGCCCAUCAGCUGGUCCAGAGGGCAAGGCCGAUGGCAUGAGUGUCCCCAGCAGCGCCCAGUGUAUUUCUUUUCUCUGGGACAGUGAACCUCAAGGACACACGCAUGCUCGGAAAGCAAAGCGACAAGACUCCGAGCGCCCUUCUCUCCCAGCCUGGUGGUACAGGACGCAGAAAGACUUCGUCCCAGGCCUCAGCAGUCACUGGGCUCCUGGGCAGUCUGGGCAGAUGUCGACAAAAAUUAUUUAUGUUUCCUUAGUAUCCGGAGAGGAUUUUAGCACUAAGGCAUAGCCGGUCCUAACUCUGUACUCUGUUAGUGUGUCCCCUUGCCGCCCUCUGCUCCCCUCUCUGGCCCCUGGGUACCCUCGGGAGCAUCCCUGUGCAUGGCCCUGUCCGGGGGGAGGUGGCCAGUGCACGUGGUCUCCACGUGAGCUGGGCAGGGGGCACGGCCCAGAGCCUGUGAGGAGAGCCACGGACAGGGACCUCUGGCCCCUUCCUCCUUUCUUUUGAAAAUCAUAUCUAGCAAAUCAGAUUGUCACACACGUCAGGUUCCAGGAGUGCUGCGUUCCUGAGUGCUGUUGCUCUUCCAGCCCCCCACCAGCCUGACGCCCCUUGGUUUACAGAACCCCCUCCCACCCUGGAAUCAGCUGGACCCCCAGGACAGCACCAUGCCGGGGCAGGCUGGUGGGACAGGGGGCCAGUUCAGGGGUAUUUGCCUUAUUUGACAGAUGGGGACCCUGAGGCCCAGAGUAGCUCAAGCACUAGCGAGAGACCCCACAAGGCUGUGAGUGGAGGCCCUCACCUGGGCUCAGGCUCCCUGACGGUCGUCCCAGGGCUCCUGACCUUGAAGGACGUGCUCUGGGGACACCCAGGGUGACAGGCAGUCCCCAUGCCUGGAAAACUCUGGCUGUGCCCUUCCUCCCCCUGGCAGCUUCAAUGGGGUCCACGCCCUGCCUCGAGGUGCCUUUGAGGGUUUCUCUGGUGGUCUUCUUGCCCAGUCCAGGUCCUUUCAUCCCGACCCUGGUGCUGAGAAAGCUCGGAUCCAGGGCACUGCUCCACCAGGGUCCCACCUGCUGCGCCAGCAGAUGGCUGCCCUCCAGCCAUCCGUGGCCCCCACCCCACACAGACCCUGCCAUGAGGUUAAGUUACUCUGAAACCCGGGAGACAGGAAUGGAAAGGGGUCCUGCUUGACUCUAAGCUGUGGGCUGGGUGGGGAGAGACUCAGCGCUGGGCAUGCCCUCUGCCAGUACUCCUGCCCAGUUUGGGGAGACCAAGGCACGAGGUGUCUGGGGCUGGAAAGGACGGUGUGCACCGCUGUCUGUGUGCACCGCCGUCCGUGCGCUCGUCCCUGUCCUGAGCUUAAGGCGUCUUCUCUCAGAAUCCCGUGGAGAUGGUCUUCAGGCCACUAACCAGACAAGUGGGCUGGACACUAGCCUGGGGUGAGUGACACUGGGCCGUGGCCCUGGUGUCUACCCUGCCUGCCCCCAUGAUGCCAGGACAUGCCACCAACAGCUGCUGUCCUGGGAGCUCCCAGGCCACUGUGAAUGCCCCCCAGCCCCCUUCCCACCCCCUACCCCAAGUCCCAGGAUACCCCGCUGAGUCCACAGGCCUAGCAUCCUCUGCCAAGAAACCUGGUUAACUUAUAUUGUUAUAUAGCGUCGAAAUGUCUAUAGUGUCUUUUAAAUUAUUGUGACCUACACUGGGUACUGGGGGGCGGGGGGAUGGCUGCGCUGUCCCCGAGCUAGGCUCCUCCUUCUGCUUGAAACCGGCCCUUGGACCCUUGGGGCCCCUGAUGCCACCAAGUCACGUGCACUGUCCCUCGGCUACUCGGUGGCCCCCACCGAGACCCCGCCCUCCCCUAAUAGGAUGUCACCCUUCCCUCGGGUAGGGGCGGGGCUGUCGUGUGGCCCAGGCAGGGACGCUGGUAGCCGAGGCACUGUGUGUCCCUGUGGUGGCUGCCCCCCCCCCACCCCUUCAGGAGAGCUGGCGGGUUUCUGAUGGGCUGUGUCUGGCCUCCCCGGGAGGGGAGCGCUUGGCUCCAAUAAAGCUGG